CUUUUAAUGAUAAUCUGGGAAAAUUCUCUGCCAACUUAUACUGUCAGUGUCAACUUAACCAUUGAUACUUGAUAGUAUUUAUUUACUUUUACAAUAUAACCUUAAAAUAACAUUAGAGUUUAUCACGUGCUAUGAUCCAGUUUUAUUAACAAUAUAACUGAAACAUGACAACAUUAACAGCAGAUGUGGUGUAUCCGAAACGAUCAUCUUAUCCGAUGAUAGUUAAUUUUCAAAACGCAUAUGUUACGGCCGAAUUUAAUGAUACCGAGUGUUCACUGUUUACCAAUGAAGAUAACGAAAAAAAAACUAUAUUAACUCAACUGGGAGAUAUUAUUUAUACAGGAGAAGAAGAAAGUGAAUCAAUAGGGAAAACAUUGUUGAUCGCUCGAGAUCGAAAUACAGGAAAAGUUCGCAUAAUAGAAGCAGGUCAUGUUGAGUUAAAACCAGUCCUUAAAAAUGAUCUGAAUGCAUCUCAAGUCCUGGAGACAAGUGGAUUAGAGUUAAGCCGUAAAUUUGGUUCAAAGAAGCAGAAAAAACAAAUGGAACAGAGAGAAAGGUUAAAGAUGAAUGUGGAGACAGUUACUCAACAGGUUGAAAAAACUAUAGCAAAUGUGAGUGUAGAUCAGCUUGAUGUAUCUAAUUAUGAAAAUACAACUGAAUCAGAUGAUUUCUAUGUACCACCAAUAAAUAGAAGUGCUACAAGUGUUGAAGAUGUUUAUGACACAAAGAAAAUAAUAAAUGGAGAUGAUUUUGAAAAGAUUUUAUCAGAAAUUGAAGGUAAGGAUUGUAGUGAGGAAAUACUACCAUCCAUACAAGCUAUAGUUGAUAAAAAUCCCACAGAAAUGCAAAAAGUAUAUGGCAUAUAUGCAAGUUGUCUAGCAAAAUUCUUUACUGCAACUAUGAGAGACAUAAACAAGAAAACUUAUAAUAUAUGCAAUAGUUCAGUAACACUAAACAAUAUCAUAAUUCAAAAUUUUACAAAAUCUAUUAAUAAUAAACGUGGACGGCCAGCAGAGUAUAAAGAUAAAGCAUUCUGUCAUUUUGUUGUUUUAUUACUUUUAAUGAACAAUUUUAAAAUAUCUAUGGAUACUGUGUGUGAGGUCAUGAAAAUUGCACCAAGGACUGUUUUAACAAAAGUGAGAGUAACGGGAGCAACACAAAUAAAGCAAGGGAAUAAAAGUGUGUUGCAUCUAAAAUUACCACUACAAGUCAAAGUGUUUAAAAGAAGGAAAUAGUUUCCUAACUAAUAAAUG